GUUGACAAAUGGAAAGAAGGACAAGUUAAUUAUCUUCAUACCCCCAAGAAAAUAUUUUCAACCAAUUGUUGAACAUGAAAGAAAGUUGGCAUCAUGGUUAGGAUAUUGUGCAAGAUCUUGUGGUCCACCUAAGGAGCCUUGGAAUGCUAUUGAAGCUCGAUAUCGUACUCGUUUAUGGAGAUUACUUUGAUGUAAGUCCUGAGAGUCCAGAAAAAUGGAAGAAGCUUGAGGAAAUGCAAAAGGUGAAGCCUGACACAGCUGAGAGAAAAAAGCUAAGUUUGAAUUCUAUUGUUUCUAUGAGAUGAAAAUAUUAUAUUGCAAAUUGAAAUACAAGCUAUACCUUAAGUAUUUGAAGUACUCAAGUGAAGAUGAACGACUGCAACAUGUUCCUGAAGGAUUGAUUGUGGAUACUUGGAAGGAAAUGUUCAAAGUUUUUGCUAAUAAGGACUUUCAGGUGCUUUUUAAUUACUUUUUCUAUUAUGGUAAAAAAUAAAUAUUUUUUUAACAUUAAUAUCAUGUAGGCCUUAUGUUCCACCAAUACAAAUAAUCACGCUAGUUAAAGAAUUAUUGCCUCAACUGAUCCCACUCCUUUUGCGCAAGUAGAGUAUGAUAUGGUAAACUAUAAAAAAAAAAAAAAAAUACUAUUUACUCAUAGUGAUUUCUUUUCUUUAGUUAUAUUAUGUUAUAUAAUGCAUGGUUAAUAUAAUUAAUACUAUAGAUUGAUGAGGAGAUUGGUGAAGUACCAUAUGCUUCUAAAGUCUGGAUGGCUACACAUGGGUUCUUGGAUGAGCAAGGCCAAACACAAUGGCAUGAUCCAGAAUCAUCAAGGAUAUAUGAAGAGACGCAAAGGAUUGAGAAACAACCAACAAAUGAUAAUGAGAUUGGUCCUACUCCAAAUGAUGUCUUAAAAGAGGUGUUUGGCAUUAGAUCUGGUUAUGUCCGUGGUAAAAGAUUAGGAUACAAAGCAAGCACUAGAGGAAUGGCAUGUGGUUCUAGAAAUGAGGAAUUAAAUGAAUUGAGAGAUGAGGUAGCAAGGUUGAAUGCUCGUUUGAAGGAACGAGAACAACGCAAUAAUGAGAUAACACAACUAAAUGCUCGACUCAAGGAACAAGAAGAGCACAAUUUAGAGUUUUUUAAAAGAUUUGAGAGUGUGAGAGGAUACAAAUCAUCAAAAAGUCAAGAUAUAACAAUAGAUUAA